AUGACCAGCGUGAUUAAGACAGUGUACACCCUGCAGUCCUCCUGUGUGCUGAGCAGCGGCCUGCCCGCAGAUGCACAAACUCGAGCCACUUUUAAGAGCCAGUUAUCUGUUAAGUCCAAAGAAGUUGAUGUUUCCAGACCUCAUUCAGGAGCUUCAAAGAAUGAUGUUACAAAAAUCAUCAAACCGAGACAAGAGAAUGGGCAAGUGAAGGCUACAGAUACCUCCAGAAGGAACCUCAGGAAGAGCUACAAACCAUGGAGUAAACAGAAAUUGGAAGAAGAGCUCAAGGAUAAGAACCAGCUCUUAGAGGCUCUCAACAAGCAGUUGCACCAGAAAUUGAUUGAAACUCAGGGAGAGCUGAAGGACCUGAUUCAAAAAGUAGAGCUGCUGGAGAAGUUUCAGGACAACUGUUUGGCAAUUUUAGGAAGCAAAGGCCUCAACCCAGGUAGUGAGACCUUGGCAUCACAGCAAGACUCCACCGCAGAUCACAUGGACUCCAUGCUGCUGUUACAAACUUUGCAAGAUGAACUGAAGCUUUUUAACAAAACAGCCAAAAAGCAGAUGGAGGAGUUACAGGCCUUAAAGGUAAAGUUGAAGAUGAAAGAAGACAGAGCCCAGUUCCUUGAACAACAGACCUUAUGUAGCAGUCAAGUAAAUGAUUUCACAACAGCCCUUGAGGAAAUGGAACAGCUAUUAGAAAUAUGA